CAUUCGCUGCCGCCAGCACAGCCACCGCCACCGCAUCUGCAGACGGUACCAGCGCAAGCUCAGCUCCCAGUUGCCCCACAGGCAGCCUCAACAGCUAGGAUUUGUCAGCUGUUUAACAACAUUAAUCGGCCUGCAUUCUAUCCUCCGACCACUUCGGAGAAGAUUGCCGUCACUCCAAGCCUAGAAUUUGCCUACGAUAACGAGGGUGGCACCAUGGUUGACAAUUCGACCGUCGGGCAGCCCUUUGAAUACGCCAACAUGCUGCAACUGUCUGCCCCGCUUCAUCUACAAGGCCCAAAAGCGGAUGAUCGCAUUCGGGACCCCGGUGACCAGACUAUCACCACCGGCGAUUCCGGAGGCCUAGGCCAAAUUCCUUUAACCACACAACGGCAGGAGCACCAACAGCAGCAGGUCAGUAAACUGCGGCCACAGAACGGAUUCCUGGGUAUUCCGAGCCAGGGCUCCUCCUCCUCUUUCUCCGCCCUGACCGUGGCCUCUUCCUGCUCCACCUCCACCAGCCGACGAAGGCCAGCGUUGGAUGAUACUCACACCGACAGAAAGCCCGACGGUGGUCCUCUGUUUGCGACGGUGGGUCAGUUUACCAAGGAGGGC